ACCACGAUCGAGUUACCACACGCCAUGUAUCGCCUUGUGCGCUCAACUAGACUAGCUUCCACCACGCGUUACUUCUCUCAUGUCGCCAACACAUUCGAGUCCAAGUAUGCACACAAGCUAAACCACAAAGCACGCCAGGCUGGUCAAAGUCUCGCAGACCUGAAAGCGAAAGCAAAAGCCGAGGAACAAACAGACGAAAACGCGAAUGGGAGUCACAAAAAACAACACCUUCUCCAGCACCGUCUUCACCCAAACUUGCUCAUUCUACUUCUACUGCGCAUUCUACUCCUUCUAAUGUCCGUAAAGACAGCUCCACCCGUCAAGCCUCUCUCUUCCUUACUCAAUAUCCCCCUCAUCCUCUCUCCCCAAUCCCCGACAACCCCAGCUCAACUCUCAGCCCUUUGGACAGCCUAUCACGCGUCUCGCUCAGGCGGUACAGGUCGCGGGUACGUAUGCGCCUCUGUGCCGGUGGGGCUGUAUGAGAACAUGAUAGGUACGGCGAGGAAGUAUGGGUCGUUUAUUGUUCCAGUGCCGCGCUUGGGAGGAGAAGGAGGGAAGGAGGAGGCGUACGAGUUUUAUUUCUUACAGUGGGCGUUCCAUGGCUCUCCUCCCAUACCGUCUGCUACUCCGUCGGACCCGUUUGUGGCCUCACCGCUUCCAAUAGGUGUCAACCCCAACGCAGAUGGCACCCCCCUCCCUCCGACAUCCACCGUCCUCUUCACACCUCUCCAGGAAUACAAGCUCCGCGCAUCGUUUGCGACGCCCUUCCUCGCACUCACAUUCUAUCCUGAUCUCGCGAGGAGCCAUGGGAAUGUGUUGUUGAGGGGAGAGAUCACUGCUUCUCCUGGAGGUGGAGGCGCUGCUGUUGAAGGAAAAGGUGACGAGGGAGGGAGGUUCAUGCUGACGCAAAACGACGCGCAGCUCCUCGUGAUGGAGCUGCAGAAGUUUUAUUUGUGGGAGAGCGGGAAAAGCACGAGUACCGCAGAGCGGCUGCUGAAGACAUUUCAUGAACGACCGGAGGAGUUUAAGUGGGAGGAGCUGUUAGAGCAUGCGAAGUUGACGGCUUAAUUGGUGAGUGGGACGAGAAGGAGGACUGUCUGAUUUGGUGUGUGGUAUCUUUCCAUGCGUAAUAGCGAUCCGUGGUAAUAGGCAAUGUCCAAGUCAUUUGCUGAAAAAAA